AGGGGCCAUCGACUCCGCCCCCCCAUCGACGGCGCUGCGGGCGGCCCCACGGGCGCGGGGAGCGCGCAUAAUGCGGCCGCCCUUGGGGCACCCAUGCUGAUUGGCGCUGCCGGGCCAUGAUCGCGCCUCACACCCUAGGCCAUGCGGAUCCAGAUUGGCCACCAGCGCAGCGAGCCGGACCUGGCCGCGUGCUGGGCGCUGGCCCACCCGUGCUGCCGCCGCAGCUGGUGGUGGAGGUCGAGGCCUACCCGAACCCAGCACCGAGGAAGUGCGUCUGGGUGAUGCUGCUCAUCUGUUCCUUGCUCGUGUUACGCGUGCAGCAGGACAGAUACGCCGAUGUCGCCCGCUGGCAUUCAGGUGGAAGGCACGUGACCAAGGAUUUCCCAUGGGAGCAGCGGGCGCUGGUGGCGGGUGAUGAGCCGUUCGAGGCCACGCUGUUCACUCCCACCAGGCUGGGCGCCUCCACCUUCCAGCGGCCGCUGUUCGGAGCCGACGUGAUCACUGUUGGGACCGGCGGCGUCUCGAGACUGGGCCUCGGGAAGGGGGGCGCAACAGAGCGCGGCGGCUCGGGGGGCAUACCCGACGAGGUCACAGCGCUGCUUGCUGGAAGCGGCAGCGGGGCAGCGGCGGGCGAGAGCUGCCAGGGCUCCAACGCCAGCAAGUCCUGCUACAUGGCCGUGCAGCGUGUGCAGAGCUUCGAGAACGGGAGCUCCUGUAGCCGUUUCGUGGCCGGCGCCUCACUAGACACGAUGCAGUCAUUAGCGGGCACCGCUGGAGAGGAAGCUGGCAGCAUGGUGUGUGUCGAGGGCACAGGGAUCCACAGCGCACUGCCGACUCGUACCGUGGACAAGGUGGCCGUCGCCUGGGAGCCAUUAAGGCAGACCUCCUCAAGAAGAGGGCGCCAUUCUUGCUUGGCCAUGGUCGACUUCCCCCCGAAGGCUUGGGGGGCACGCACAGGCGACGCCCACCGCUCUAGCUCGAAUACAUUGAAGCUCCGGCCCAGUCGCACUAUCGUCCACGAUUCCACGGUGCUUUACGAUAACGCCUCACGGGCGAUAGUGACUGUCGGCUUUGACCGUUGUCCUGGUGAUCUCACGAGUUUAGGCAGCGCUAAGCUGAUUGUGCACCAGUUUGACGCGCAGACUCUUGAGCCACGGUGGGCGUACCACAGCCUGCCGCUGCAGGUGGCAUGGCUCCUGCGCUCGCCACAGAGGUCUGACGGGUUCCUCAUCUUCACUGUGGCCGAGUCGCAAGAGGUCAGUGUUGGCACCACGUUCGUAAUAGAUUUGGUGAAUCACGAGGUCUACGAGCAGGGUCCUACAGGCCGAAGCGGACGGAAACCGCCGUUGCUCAGCCUGUCACACCACACGCUGUACGUCACCGAGGUGAGACCCGAGGACCAGCCCAUCCCGUGCGGAAUCACCGAGGGCGAGGCCAGCUGCGUCUUGUGGAGGUCAAAGCCUUGACGACCUGCUGCCUGUCCACGGACGGCGGGUGCUUGCCGCCUGCUGCUGUGGCAGAUUCCAGGCUGGCUGUCCCCGUCGUUGCCUUCAAGCUUGCCUGAGCCUUCUCAAGUUGUGCCACCACGCGUCGGCCACAGCUCUUGAUUCGAAGAGCGACGAAUGGCAUCAACAGAAGCUUUGACAGUCCGCGCGGAUUUCUUGAAUCGGGACUGAGAUCCCCUCCCUGCCAUUGGGGCGCUCCGCGCGCCAUGGAAGGGACGUGGAGAUGGGGAUCCAGCGCCGACCCAAACCAUCCGGGUGGACCUCCGAAAGAUUGUGUGUUGCGCAUUUGUUUAUUAUUCUAUGUGUGUAGCUGCUGCUCGCAUUUAACCUUUGUCGUUCUUGUACUUGGCGAGCCUGCUCUAGAGCACCGAUGCAGUAAAA